CUCGGCUCCUCCAGAACUACACAAUGGAGAAAAGAGGAAUGGCUGCGGACCAAGCCAAACAUAAGAAAUCAAUGGUGUUCAGUGACGUGUCUCUGGACUUCUCUCAGGAAGAGUGGGAGUGCCUGGGCCCUGCUCAGAGGGACUUGUAUAGGGACGUGAUGCUGGAGAAUUACAGCAACCUGCUGUCUGUGGGGCUUCCCAUUCCCAAGCCUCAGGUGAUCUCUUUAUUGGAGCAAGGCAAAGAGCCCUGGAUGAUUGGCAAAGAGCUUACGAGAGGCCUGUGCUCAGCUCUGGAGUCAAUGUGUGAAAGCAAGUUAUUAUCUCUAAAGAAGGAAGUUUAUGAAAUAGAAUCAUGCCAGAGGGAGUUAAUGGGACUUAAAAAGCAUGGCCUUGAGUACCCCAGUUUUAGAGAUGUUCUGGAAUGUGGAAGCCAAUUUACAAGUCAAUUGGGAUAUCAGAAUGGUCAUUUAAGCCAAGAAAUACUCAGUCGUGAAUACAUGCCCACAUUUGUUCAACAGACUUUCUUAACCCUACGUCAAAUUGUUAAUAAUGACGAGAAACCCUAUGAAUGUAAGAAAUGUAGAAAGGUCUUUACUCAGAACUCACAAUUUAUUCAACAUCAACGAGUUCAUCUUGGUGAAAAGUCUUAUGAAUGUAAGCAGUGUGGUAAGUUCUUCAGUUGUGGUUCACAUGUUACUCGACAUCUGAAAAUUCACACUGGUGAGAAGCCCUUCGAAUGUAAAGACUGUGGGAAGGCCUUCAGUUGUAGCUCAUACCUUUCUCAGCAUCAGAGAAUCCACACUGGUAAGAAGCCUUAUGAAUGUAAGGAGUGUGGAAAAGCCUUUAGCUAUUGUUCAAAUCUUAUUGACCAUCAGCGAAUUCACACUGGUGAAAAACCUUAUGCAUGCAAAGUUUGUGGGAAAGCUUUCACAAAGAGCUCACAACUUUUUCAACACGUGCGAGUUCACACAGGUGAGAAACCUUAUGAAUGUAAGGAGUGUGGCAAAGCCUUUACUCAGAGCUCCAAGCUUGUUCAGCAUCAGAGAACCCACACCGGGGAGAAGCCCUAUGAGUGCAAGGAGUGUGGGAAAGCCUUUAGUAGUGGCUCAGCACUUACAAACCAUCAGAGAAUCCACACUGGGGAGAAACCUUAUGAGUGCAAGGAGUGUGGGAAAGCCUUCACUCAGAGUUCACAACUUCGACAGCAUCAAAGAAUCCAUGCCGGUGAGAAACCUUUUGAAUGUCUUGAAUGUGGGAAGGCUUUUACUCAGAACUCACAGCUUUUUCAACAUCAGAGAGUCCACUCUGAUGAAAAGCCAUAUGAGUGUAAUAAAUGUGGAAAGGCCUUUAAUAAAUGCUCAAACCUUACCCGACAUCUGAGAAUUCACAGUGAUGACAAGUCCCAUAGCUGUAAGGAAUGUGGGGAGACAUUUAGUAAUGACUCAGACCUUAUUCGCCAUCAGGAGAUUCAUGGGAAUGAGUAAUAAAACUCCAUACUGAGAGUACCUUUCUUUGACACAGUUUAAGUGUUUAUAUUUUCAAUCCAAAUGCAUUUAACUGUAGAUUAUGAAUUCCAGUCCUAUAUCUCCUUUUCUCGCACCAGUGCUACUUGCUUAAUAAAUCUCCAUUGCUCGGGGAUUUGUCAUACUGUUGUUUAUAUUUUCUUAUGUUUUUAGGGCUAUUUUAUGUUUUCUAAACUUUUUGAUGCUUGCACUAAUGACUGUUUUAAUUGUGUAACCUUUAAUGAUUUGAAGUUCCUUGUGGAAUUCCUAUGUUGUAUUUGAGGCAGUGUCAGUCUUUUUGCUGUUUCAUGAGCUUAUUUUUAUUUUUUUAUUGUAAAAAACAUUAGAAAACCGAAAGCUCAAACAUCAAAAUGAACUGCUAUAUUGAUUGUAGAUGACUAUUAUCAAAUUGGUAGAACUAAUUUUGCUGGACUUUGCUUUCUAAAAACAAGUAGUCCUGGUAUUUAUGUUCUUCCUUCAUCUGCUUUUAUCAUGCUAAAAACAUUCUAAUAAUUGCUUUUCCAGCAAUACAAAGUUUAAUGAUUUACUUAAUAUCUUUUAAAUGACUAUUAUUCAUGUUAUGGUGGUUGCUUUUAAAUUUUUGCAUUUUUAAAAGCUGUCUUCAUUAAUAUGACCCCAAACUUAUGUUUGGAUGUUUUAUGUUUUGUUUCUUUUAAUGCUGAAUUUAUUCAUCUUUCAUCCUUGUAUGCUAUUUUGUUCCUUUUCAUUAACCCUAACCCUAAUGUUGUGCCAGAAAGGUAAUUACAGUUAGCAAAGUGUUACUUUUCCAGAUUUUUUCUUAUAUUUGUUAUUAGGAGUCGUUUCUUAUUUUACAUAUGCAAUCUUGUGUAUGCAUUGGUUUGCUGUGAGAACUCAAUGAAUUCAUGACUAUAAAGAGCUUAGAUCUAAUCCUAGCAUCCAGUAUAGGUUUAAUAAAAGGAUUCUCUUGUCAUUAG